AUGUUGAAAGUACCAGUUAUAGAUCGUAACCGAAACACUUUCAAUCGCUCAGCGACACAGCCAGAUCACAACGCGAGCGGACCCCAGGACAGCUCCAGAGAACCAUCAGCAAAGAAAUAUGACACGAUAAGCGACAUUGAUCAGCGCAGAAGUUCAAGAGGUAUCAAACGAGGAGCAGAGGUGCGACGACGUGAUUGUUCCUAUUCGAAGUCGAGGUCGUGCUCUCCUUGA